AUGUCUAUGACGGAGGAGCAAUGUCGCAUUGACGACCGGGACAGCCGGCCGACCCCAGACAUCCCAAACAAUGUCCUAGAUCAAUUCAAAAUGAACGGCAAGGUUUCCAUCGUAACGGGGGCAAGCCGUGGUAUCGGAGCGGCUAUUGCAGAAGGUCUCGCUGAAGCAGGGUCACACCUGGUUUUGGUAUAUUCCUCGCACAAUCCAUCCAUGGAUGAGCGGGCCGAGCAGCUGGCAAAGAUUCACGGAGUGAGGGUGUCAAAUGUGCGAUGCGAUGUGACCAACUUUGAAGCCGUCAGGGACCUGGUGGCCCGCGUCCGUACUAAUUUUGGCAAAGUCGAUGUCUUUGUAGCCAACGCCGGCGUCUGCAAUCCAAACCCGAUUCUUGAAUCAUCACUAGAAGACUACCAUGCCGAGAUGAAUGUCAACGUUCACGGGGUCGUCUACUGCGCAAAGGCUGUCGGCCCAUUGUUCAAACAGCAAGGAUUCGGAAAUUUCAUUAUCACUACUAGCAUCUGCGCAAGUGUCGUCACCGUUCCUGUUGACCAUGUUGCUUACAACACUUCCAAAGCUGCAGCUUUGCACUUUGGCAAGAGUAUAGCUCGUGAGUGGCGUGGUUUUGCGAGAGUCAAUAUGGUGUCUCCCGGUUGGAUCGACACAGCCAUGAGUGAGGAUCGUGCAUCUCUCAAUGAAGCCCGUCGCAUGGCGCCAUUAGGAAGACUAGGAGAUGUCAGGGAAUUGAAAGCUGCUUAUCUAUAUCUCGCUAGUAGUGCAAGCUCAUUUGUCACUGGUGCUGAGAUUGUGAUAGAUGGUGGUUAUACACUUCCUUAG